CGCCGAUCCCGCGGCGCAUGCGCGGGGCCAGCAGCCCGCGGGAUCUGAUCUCAGCUUGGCCCCGCGAUACCUCCUGCUCCUCUUCCUCCUUCGGGGCGGCCUUCCUUGGGUGCCGCUUCCGGGGUGCCCAGACCGGUUUCAGAGUGACCGGUGCCCGCUCUCUCCCUCUUUCCCCGUCGCUCCCAGCCCCCCCCAGACGCCAUUUACAGGCCGGUAGCUUGUGGUGGGACUUCUCCGCCCCCACCCCACCCCGGUCGCAGAGAGCGCGCGGCGCACCGCGCCCCAGGAGCCAAUCAGCAGCCGCCUUAGGUGACCAUGUCUGAGUCUGGACACAGUCAGCCUGGGCUGUACGGGAUAGAGAGGCGGCGACGGUGGAAGGAGCCCGGCUCUGGCGGCCCCCAGAAUCUCUCUGGGCCUGGCGGUCGGGAGAGGGACUACAUUGCACCGUGGGAAAGAGAGAGACGGGAUGCCAGCGAAGAGACAAGCACGUCGGUCAUGCAGAAAACCCCCAUCAUCCUCUCAAAACCUCCAGCUGAGCGGUCAAAGCAGCCACCACCUCCAACAGCCCCUGCGGCCCCUCCUGCCCCAAGUCCUCUGGAGAAGCCCAUCGUCCUCAUGAAACCACGGGAGGAAGGGAAAGGGCCUGCAUCUGCUACGAAUGCCUCAACCCCCGAAGGCACCGCCCCGCCGCCUCCUGCAACCCCCGCGCCAUCCAAGGGGGAGAAGGAGGGGCAGAGACCCACGCAGCCUGUGUACCAGAUCCAGAACCGGGGCAUGGGCCCUGCCGCACCAGCAGCCAUGGACCCUGUCGUGGGCCAGGCCAAACUCCUGCCCCCAGAGCGCAUGAAGCACAGCAUCAAGUUGGUGGAUGACCAGAUGAAUUGGUGCGACAGUGCCAUUGAGUACCUGUUGGAUCAGACCGAUGUGUUGGUGGUCGGUGUCCUGGGCCUCCAGGGGACAGGCAAGUCCAUGGUCAUGUCAUUGUUGUCAGCCAACACUCCUGAGGAGGACCAGAGGGCGUAUGUUUUCCGGGCCCAGAGCGCCGAAAUGAAGGAGCGAGGGGGCAACCAGACCAGUGGCAUUGACUUCUUUAUUACUCAAGAGCGGAUUGUUUUCCUGGACACACAGCCCAUCCUGAGUCCCUCCAUCUUGGACCACCUCAUCAACAACGACCGCAAGCUACCUCCAGAGUACAACCUGCCUCACACCUAUGUGGAGAUGCAGUCACUCCAGAUUGCUGCCUUCCUCUUCACGGUCUGCCACGUGGUGAUUGUUGUCCAGGACUGGUUCACAGACCUCAGUCUGUACAGGUUCCUCCAGACGGCAGAGAUGGUGAAGCCCUCCACCCCAUCCCCCAGCCACGAGUCCAGCAGCUCCUCAGGCUCCGAUGAAGGCACUGAGUACUACCCCCACCUGGUCUUCCUGCAGAACAAAGCUCGCCGAGAAGACUUCUGUCCCCGAAAGCUGCAGCAGAUGCACCUGAUGAUCGACCAGCUCAUGGCCCACUCCCACUUGCGCUACAAGGGUACUCUCUCCAUGUUACAGUGCAACGUCUUCCCUGGGCUCCCCCCCGACUUCCUGGACUCUGAGGUCAACUUGUUCCUGGUGCCCUUCAUGGACAGUGAAGCGGAGAGUGAAACCCCACCCCGAGCAGGACCUGGUUCCAGCCCACUCUUCUCCCUGCUUCCGGGGUACCGGGGCCACCCCAGUUUCCAGUCCUUGGUGAGCAAGCUCCGGAGCCAAGUCAUGUCCAUGGCCCGGCCACAGCUGUCACACACAAUCCUCACCGAGAAGAACUGGUUUCACUACGCUGCCCGGAUCUGGGACGGGGUGAAGAAGUCCUCUGCCCUGGCAGAGUACAGCCGCCUGCUGGCCUGAGGCUGAGGGGAGGAAUGUCAUGCGGGGAACCCCCUUCUGGGUCCCCAGUGGAUGGCGAAGGAUCACGUGUGUCCUCCCCCUCAGCGGGGUAGAGAGUGGCAGCAGGCCUGAUGGACGAGGGACCACAACUUCCUCGCCUGGAGACAUGUGUCCAGGGCCAGGCCCCCAACCCUGCAUGGAGUGUUGGUCAGGGGUUGACUGAGAUCCCACCCCCAUCCUGGGGCGGGGAAGCCCAUCCUCAGCCCCCCAGGGACAGGCAGAGGGAGGAGUCUGAAGGGUCCCCAGGAAGCCCCAGCUCCAUCUGACCUCCCUCUGCAGGGUUGAGAGCAGCAGAUCCCUCUCCCCUGACUCCAGGCCCUUUCCUGUCAGGUGAGGCAGGGUCUGGGGAGCUCCUUAUUGGGGCAGAUCUGGUGGUUCGAAUAAAAACAGUCACGCGAGCCUG